CGCUGUCCCCACGAACAUAGCACAGCAGAAACAUCUAAGUAGGAGACUGCUAGAGCAGCCGGUUUUUUGAAAACAUAGGAGGCUGUAAGCUUGGGAAUGCAACAUAUGGUAGAUCCAAUAACAGAAUCAAAAAUUAGAAAACAAUCAGAAAUUAAUUAAAUGGUGAUUAAGAAUGCUUUGGUCCCUAUAGGAAGGCUACAUACAUACUGGGAAGGCAUGUGGCUUUUCUACGCCAGAAGCCGCUUUCAGGCUCUCGGGUUUCCCAGAGCCCCUUGCGCGGCUCUUGGCGGGGAAACGUGACCUGGCCCCAGGGGUCAAAGGGCUACUGUCGCUCCUCCACAGGCAACGGUUGAUGGAAGGAGCAUGCGCAUUAGGCAAAGCAGUUCUCCUGGUCGCCGCCGGGGGACCCUCAGGCGUUAGGUUGAAUUAAAGAAAAUAUCAGAAGAUGGCCACUGCACAAUUGCAGAGAACAUCCAUGAGUGCUUUGGUAUUUCCCAAUAAGAUAUCAACUGAGCAGCAGUCUUUAGUGUUAGUGAAGAGGCUCCUAGCAGUUUCAGUAUCCUGCAUCACGUAUUUGCGAGGAAUAUUUCCAGAAUGUGCUUAUGGAACAAGAUACCUAGACGAUCUUUGUGUCAAAAUUCUGAGAGAAGAUAAAAAUUGUCCAGGAUCCACACAGUUAGUGAAGUGGAUGCUAGGAUGCUAUGAUGCUUUACAGAAAAAAUAUCUAAGGAUGGUUGUUCUAGCUGUAUACACCAAUCCAGAAGACCCUCAGACAAUUUCAGAAUGUUACCAAUUUAAAUUCAAGUACACCAGUAAUGGACCCAUCAUGGACUUCAUAAGUAAAAACCAAAGCAGUGAAUCUAGUAUGUCAUCUGCUGACACAAAGAAAGCAAGUAUUCUCCUCAUUCGCAAGAUUUAUAUUCUAAUGCAAAAUCUGGGACCUUUACCUAAUGAUGUUUGUUUGACCAUGAAACUUUUUUACUACGAUGAAGUUACACCCCCAGAUUACCAGCCUCCUGGUUUUAAGGAUGGAGAUUGUGAAGGAGUAAUAUUUGAAGGGGAGCCUAUGUACCUAAAUGUGGGAGAAGUCCCAACACCUUUUCACACUUUCAAAGUAAAAGUGACCACUGAGAAAGAACGAAUGGAAAAUAUUGAUUCAGGUAUAUUAUCACCAAAACAAAUAAAAACACCACUGCAAAAAAUUCUCAUGGACAAAGAUGAUUUAGAAGAUGAACAGGAGCAUUAUAUAAAUGAUGAUUUUGACAUUGAAACUAAAAUGGAAGAGCAGAAAAAAAAACUUGGAUCUUCUGAACUUGGAGAGCCAAAUUUAGUUUGUGAGGAAGAUGAAAUUAUGAGGUCUAAAGAAAGUCCAGAGCUUUCAAUUUCUCAUUCUCAGGUUGAGCAGUUAGUCAGUAAAACAUCUGAGCUUGAUGUGUCUGAAAGCAAAACCAGAAGUGGAAAAAUCUUUCAGAAUAAAAUGGCUAAUGGAAAUCAACAAAUAAAAUCUAAGGAAAGUCGGAAGAGAAGUCAGCUUGAAUCUGGGAAAACAGUUCUUCAUCACUUUGAUUCUUCUAGUCAAGAUUCAGUGCCAAAAAGAAGAAAGUUUAGUGAACCAAAGGAACAUAUAUAAAAAAAAUGAUUUUCUUCAUGUUUGCAAAGUUCUUCACAACAUUUAAAUGAAAGGACACUAUAUUACUAUUUUAAGGUGUGUUUGCCCUACCGCUGAAAACUUAUAGGUAGUCUUAAGCAGUUAGUACACUGAAAUGAAUUCUUAGCUAUCAUAUGAUGAUCUUUAAUCUUAUCUGAGACAAAUUCAAGAGAACUUUUGAGUAAGAACAAAAAUAACCAGUGUUUUAAUUUAUUCUGUUAAUUAUCUACUCAAUUUGAUCUAUAUUCCAUUUGGUGGACAUUUCCUUUAAACUUAUAUUAACUUUUAAGGCCCUCUUAAGCCAUUUUUUGAAGUAAAUAAUGUUUAUUUUGGUAUUAAAUUUUGAUAGGAAUUCAUUUUUUACUUAUGUUAAAACCAUAUAAUUUAACUGCCUGUGUUUGUCAUUAUGUUGUUAAAACAAUGUUAUUCAGUACUUUGAUAUAGUGUAUUAACAUAAUAAUAUAUAAUGUGCAAUUAAAAAUUGGUGCUUACUUUUUUUUAGCAUUUUUACAAGACAAAAAAGGCUAAAAGUCUGACAUUUUGGGUAGCAUAAAUAAAACAUUGUUCAGCAUC